ACCUCCUCUCCGCGGCGCCUCUGGAGUCUUCUUCCCCUGUGCGACGUUCAACCCUCCUUCUGUUCUAGUGGCACUCGUCUGCGCCGCCCACAGCUCCUUGAUUUAACAACCUUUCGAGGAUGAACAGAAUACUGAUUUUAGCCGCUCUGGCCGGGGCAUGUCUGGCCCAGCAAGGUUACCUUCCACCUACCAAUGGAUUUAAUGGUAAUGGCAAUGGUAAUGGCAACGUAAAUGGCAAUGGCAACGGAUUCGUUAACGGCAACGGAAAUGGGGCCAAUGGAAACGUGUUCGGAAACGGGAACGGAGCGAAUGGAAAUGGCGUGAAUGGCAAUGGUUAUAGUUAUGGUAAUGGUAAUGGCGUGAAUGGUAAUGGUAACGGUGUAAAUGGUAAUGGUAAUGGCGUAAAUGGUAAUGGAGUGAAUGGUAAUGGCGUUAAUGGAAAUGGCAAUGGCUAUAGCUAUGGCAACGGCAAUGGCAAUGGAAAUGGAGUGAAUGGUAAUGGUAAUGGCAAUGGAGUAAAUGGGAAUGGCAACGGCGUGAAUGGAAAUGGUAAUGGAGUGAAUGGCAAUGGAUAUAGUUAUGGAAAUGGUAAUGGAGUAAAUGGCAAUGGCAAUGGUGUGAAUGGUAAUGGUAAUGGCAAUGGUAAUGGCGUGAAUGGCAAUGGGAAUGGAGUUAACGGCAAUGGAAAUGGAUAUAGCUAUGGAAAUGGUAAUGGCGUAAAUGGCAAUGGCAACGGUGUGAAUGGUAAUGGUAAUGGAGUGAAUGGCAAUGGUAAUGGCGUGAAUGGCAAUGGUAAUGGCGUGAAUGGCAAUGGUAAUGGCGUGAACGGCAAUGGGAAUGGAUAUAGUUAUGGCAAUGGCAACGGCGUGAAUGGUAAUGGUAAUGGCGUGAAUGGCAAUGGCAACGGCGUGAAUGGUAAUGGUAAUGGCAAUGGUAAUGGCGUGAAUGGCAAUGGGAAUGGAUAUAGUUAUGGCAAUGGCAACGGCGUGAAUGGUAAUGGAAAUGGCGUGAAUGGCAAUGGCAAUGGCGUAAAUGGCAAUGGCAAUGGCGUGAAUGGCAAUGGGAAUGGAGUUAACGGCAAUGGAAAUGGAGUAAAUGGCAAUGGAGGAUACAGCUAUGGCAAUGGAAAUGGUAAUGGCAAUGGAAAUGGUAAUGGCAAUGGAAAUGGAGCAAAUGGAUAUAGCUAUGGCAACGGUAACGGCAAUGGCAAUGGAAACGGCCUCAAUGGCAACGGAAACGGCCUCAACGGCAACGGAAACGGCAUCAACGGCAACGGCAAUGGUCUCAACGGCAACGGAAACGGCAUCAACGGCAACGGCAAUGGUCUCAAUGGCAACGGCUUCGUAGAUCCUAUCACUGCCCUCGCCGAUGCUAUUGGCGGUGGAGGCGUCCCAGGUGUGGACUACCCCAUCCUGGCCUCCGUCCCCGCCACCGGCUUCUCCUGCGACGGCCAACUGCCUGGAUACUACGCUGAUACUGCUCCCGAGGCUGGCUGCCAGGUGUUCCACAUCUGUCAGGCAGGAGGCAGGAUCGACUCUUUCCUCUGUCCCAAUGGAACUAUCUUCAACCAGCAGUACUUCGUGUGCGAUUGGUGGUACAACUUUGACUGUUCCACGGCUGAACAGUUCUACGGUUUGAAUGCUGAGAUUGGCAAGGUGAAUGGAAAUGGCAAUGGCAACGGCAAUGGAUUAACCAACGGUAAUGGAAAUGGAAAUGGCAACGGCAAUGGAAAUGGUGUAAUCAACGGGAAUGGAUAUGGAUACACCAAUGGCAAUGGCAAUGGCAACGGAAAUGGAAAUGGCUACACCAAUGGCAACGGCAACGGAAAUGGCUACACCAAUGGCAAUGGCAACGAAAACGGUUUCACCAAUGGAAAUGGAAACGGUGUUACCAACGGAAACGGUGUUACUAACGGAAACGGUGUUACCAACGGCAACGGGAACGGAUACACCAACGGUAAUGGAUACACCAACGGUAACGGCAAUGGUGUAACCAACGGUAAUGGCAAUGGAAACGGCAUUACCAACGGCAACGGUAAUGGCAAUGGAUAUACCAAUGGAAAUGGUAAUGGAAACGGUAAUGGAUAUACCAAUGGCAAUGGAAACGGAAACGGUUACACCAACGGCAACGGUAAUGGAAAUGGUAACGGCAAUGGUAAUGGAAAUGGUAACGGCAAUGGUAAUGGAAAUGGUAACGGCAACGGUAAUGGAAAUGGUAACGGCAAUGGUAAUGGAAAUGGUAACGGCAACGGCAACGGCAAUGGCAAUGGUAAUGGUUAUUACUAUGGUGCCCCAAAUGGUAAUGGAAAUGGCAAUGGUGGAGCGACAAAUGGUAAUGGAGUUAACGGACUCUAUCAGACGCCGAGCUUCUAAACGACGAACUUUCCUUCAUUUCUUUCUCUCACUUUCUUAACUUUUUGCGAACGUUACAAAGAAAACGAUUAUAUUUAUAGGGAAGACUUUUAAGUUAUGCGUUUUUAGCCUUAAUACUAAUGACCUUAGUCAUUAGCUGAAUCCGAGACCAUACAGAGUGAAACAUUUUUUUACUUUUUUUAAUAUAAAACAUUUAUAUGCUUCUGCGUAUAGGAUUAUUCUAUUGAAAUCAAUCAAUAAUUGCUUGAAUUAGCUGUUUUUAGUUUUGUCAGUAUUAUAUAAUUAAUUAAUCGUAUUCUGUAUUAGAAUGUUUCACUUCAAUGGUUUAUCAAAGUUUAUACACUUGUGCCAUAAGUCUUUCAUAUAUAAUGGUUUAAAUGUAUAUCACAUAAUAUAGACAUUAUAUAUAACUUUGAGAAUAAAGUUUAUUAAUUUGCAA